UUAUUGUCACUUUAACAUGAGAUUAUGCACAUGCACACACGCACACAUACAUACACACACAAACACGCAUGGCACAGAAACAACACAAGUCUAGUUCGGAUCAACCCCUCUCUCACCACCCCCCCCAAAGUCCCUAGGAGCGGGGCGUCCUGUUUGGGGAGGCGGGAGGGAACGCUUGGAUGGGCUGACGUUUCCUUGCCCCUAUUUAACCAUCUUCCCCGGAGUGGACGCGAGGCCGCGACGUGUGUGUGUGUGUGUUUGUGUCCGUGUCGAGGCGGAGUGGAGGGGGGGGGGCGCGUCCAUCCUUCCUGCCCAAGCGCGAAUCCCCUUUGCCAUAAAUGGUCACCCGCAACUGCAGCAGCGGCGGCGGCGGCGGCGGCGGCAACGCAGCCAAAGUCGGGUUGGCGGGCGCGGCAACAGCGCGGAGCCUCGCUCCGGGAAGGCGCGUCACUGGGGCGGGGGCCGCCCAGCCUGCAACUGCCGGCCCGGAGUCCGGACCCAGCCUCGCCGGCCCGUGAUGGACGAUCUGGAUGCUCUCCUGGCUGAUCUGGAGACCACCACAUCUCAUAUCUCCAAACGUCCAGUUCUACUCACCGAUUCCGGGGGAUCCCACAGUCAAGACAGGACUCCAGUUUCCAAGCCGACAACUUCAUCUUACAACUCUCAGGCUGGAAAAGCAGCCAUGCCGGCUGAUCCAAUUCCAACAUCAACCCUGCAAGGUGGGAGCGACAAGGAGCAUCUCUAUAGUACAGUCUGCAAGCCUCUCUCGCCCAAGACGAAGGAGGCCGUCCCUCCACCCUUUUCCUCCUCCAGCGGGGUGCUCGGAGCUGGGCUUUGCGAACUGGACCGGCUUCUCCAAGAACUCAACGCAACCCAGUUCAACAUCACUGAUGAAAUAAUGUCCCAAUUCCCAUCCAGCAAAAGUCCUGCUGCAGACAAGGACAAAGAGAGAUUAGACGAUUCGACAGACGGUACUUCUCUAUCCCGGUCAACAGUCUCUCCAUCUGUCAAGCCAACGGCCACCUCAGCAACUCUGGAGCUCGACAAGCUCAUGGCUUCCCUGUCGGAUUUCCGCGUCCAGAGCAACCUUCCGGGAGUCUCUGUCCCCACCACGACUACCACGACCGCCACCACGGUUCCACCAGCACCUGCUCCCACCCAAGUGCCCUCAGCUCAGCAGCCGGUGGUGUCAUCUGUCUGCCCAGGCCCUACUGCGGUGUCUCCCCAGAUGUCCCCAGGCCAGCCCAGUGGGAACCUGGAUAGCAUGCUGGUGAUGCUGGAGUCGGAUCUCAGCCGCCAAGGCAUUUCCACCACAGCCAAGGGCCUGUGUGCAUCCUGUCAAAAACCCAUCGCUGGGCAGGUGGUGACCGCCCUGGGGAGCACCUGGCACCCGGAGCACUUUGUCUGCACCUACUGCCAGAAGGAGAUGGGGGGCAGCAACUUUUUCGAGAAGGACGGCGCCCCCUACUGCGAGAGAGAUUACUUCCAGCUCUUCUCUCCCCGCUGCGGAUUCUGCAACGAACCCAUCCUGGAUAAAAUGGUAACAGCGCUGGAUAAGAAUUGGCACCCGGAACACUUUUGCUGCGUCCAGUGUGGGCGGCCCUUCGGGGAGGAAGGCUUUCAUGAGAAAGACGGGAAGCAGUAUUGUCGCCAGGACUUUUAUGAGCUCUUCUCCACUCGCUGUCAAGGGUGCAGCCAGGCCAUCUUGGAGAAUUACAUCUCGGCUCUCAAUGCCUUGUGGCACCCAGAAUGUUUUGUUUGCAGGGAAUGCUACACCCCGUUCAUGAAUGGCAGCUUCUUCGAGCACAGCGGGCGCCCGUUCUGCGAAAUCCAUUACCACAAGCAACGUGGCUCGCUCUGUUCCGGCUGCGAGAAACCCAUCACCGGCCGUUGCAUUACCGCCAUGGGCCGGAAGUUCCACCCGGAGCAUUUUGUCUGCGCCUUCUGUCUCAAGCAGCUGAACAAAGGCACCUUCAAGGAGCAGAACGAGAAGCCCUAUUGCCACCCCUGCUUUAUCAAGCUCUUUGGGUGACUGGGAGGGGCCCUGGCCUUGUUGUGGUCAGGCCAUGCCUCCUGCGGGCGUGGGAAAGGGGGAGGGCCCACCGUCGGCUUUUGAACAAGCCACGCCCACUGCCACAUAUGGGAAAAACACCUGUGCCUUAAGGGGCUCCACCCCUUCAUCCUGAGAGCCCAUCCACCAUUGCCAAAAACCACGCCUAUAGAUCAGAGCUACUCGCAAGCAAGCAAUGAAGGAAGCAAGUCGGAUCUGCUCCUCCCACUCUUUUCAGGAGCCAGGCCUCUGUUCCCUCACAAGCAGCCAAGAGUUAUCUCCCACCCCAUCCCAGGCCACUUUUAAGUCACCUUCCCCCUCUCCCCCCCCCCAGCACCAGCACCUCUGACAGGAGGCAUUGCCUUAAGCCACAUCCCCAAGAUCAACUGGUGAGGCCCUCAGGAGACCAGGAUGUGAUGCAACCACACCUUUGUCUAUGGAGAUUCUCAGUCAUCCAGGUGAUGAAAAAGCACCUUUGGGACAACCACAUCUCUGGUGUCUUUACCUGUAGACACAGGUUAGCGGCCUUACCUUACAAAUCAAGUCCAAUGUUCUUUGGAACAUCUGAAUAUUCCUGUCCUGAUAUUUAAUUUGUGGAGAGCAAUGGCUCCAUCCAGAUCUACCUGAAAGUCCUCCUGAUCUCCACCUCCAAAUUCAUUCUGUUGUAACCAAAGAUCAACGGUAACUUUUUAGCCGACCUCUAUUUUGAUUGUGUACGAAUACAGAACUGCAACCAUCCAAACUUUGCUAAAAACUACAAUUCCCAGAAGCGCCUGCCAGUGGAAAGAGACACUUAGGAACACCUGGGCCUUUCCAACUUAGUUUAGGGUUGAUCUUUGAUGUGUUGAGUGGGUCCUUUGUGAGUCUGGAUAGGAAGGACAGGGAUGCCAAUAUUUCUAAGGAAGUUGAUGGCACAAGGGAGAACGACAAAACGCACAUGGUUGUGGGGUGCUGCAGUUUAUGGAUUUGCAUCAGAUACCAGGAUGCAAGUUUUGCAUUGACCCUGGGCAUGUUAUUUUUGUCUCCCUCGGGCCUGCUGUGGCGGUCUGUGGUUUAUGGCCUGCUGGAGUUCUUGAAGGAGCUUUUGAUAAGGGACCAGCUAAUAUGGAAAAACAGGAUGAAACAUCUUGUACACACACAUCCCUUGUGUCUUCAGGUUUUUUUCUUGAAAAAAAUGCCACAAAUGACAAUCUUUUAUUUAAAAUAAAUUACCAUGGAGAAAGCAGGGAAGGAGAAUAUGUCAAAGCUCGUCAUUAGGCCGCAUCAAGGCCAUUUUUUUAUCUGUGUAAACCUCCAUGGCAGCUUUUAUGAUAAUGCGACUUGGCCGGGAUGAAGGGGCACGGGCUCUUCCUUCUGCCACUCAGUUUUUUUAUGCCAACUUUUUACCUGCUCACUGCUGUAUUAUAUAAUAAAAUUCACAAUUAAAAAAAAAAGACAUUA